GCACCGCAGACCGGAGAGCGGCUUUAACUCUCAGCGAGACUCUCCGCGAGUUUCCCCGCAGUCCUCCCGGUGUCAAAGGCGAGAUCUGUGAUUCUCCUUGCACCGCUCGGACCUUUGGCAGCAGCAUGUCUCUCCCGCAGCUAGGCUAUAAGUACAUCAGACCGCUGUACUCCACGGAGCGGCGCGGCGGCGCGGAGAUCUCGGUCACCGGCUCUGGUUCUCUGUCCAGCGCGCUGUCCGGUGUGUACGGAGCUCCGUUCGCCAGCACAGCGCAGGGAUACAGCGCGUUUCUGCCCUAUUCCAGCGACCUGUCCGUUCUCAACCAGCUGAGCUCGCAGUACGAGUUUAAGGACAGUCCCGGGCUCCAGCAUGCAGGGUUCCCCCAUGCCGCCUUCUACCCAUACGGACACCAGUAUCAGUUCGGCGACCCAUCCCGACCCAAAAACGCCACCCGCGAGAGCACCAGCACCCUGAAGGCCUGGCUCAGCGAGCACCGCAAAAACCCCUAUCCCACCAAAGGGGAGAAGAUCAUGCUGGCCAUCAUCACCAAAAUGACCCUCACCCAAGUGUCCACCUGGUUCGCCAACGCCCGCCGGAGGCUGAAAAAGGAGAACAAGAUGACGUGGGUUCCCAAAACGAGAACCGACGAGGAUGGAAACGUGUAUACAAGCGAUAACGAGGAUGCAGAAAAACGAGAUGAGGAUGAAGAGAUAGACCUGGAGAACAUCGACACGGAGGACAUCGAAGAUAAACAGGAUUGUGACUAUCAGGAUGAUGAUAAGUCAACACCUAAAGGUUCCGAUUCUGAGGAAUACGACGAUGCCAGAGCGGAGAAGAGGAUUAUUGAGGACGAGGAACAAAUCAAGAAGAGUCCCGCAGAGGAGCAAGAGCCAUCCAAUAACAUAAGUCCAGCUCUGAAGCCAAAGAUCUGGUCUUUGGCUGAAAUCGCAACGACGCCGGACAGUCCUAAAAAGACGUGGAUUCAGAGAAACUGUGACGCUCAGACUGUCAGGAACCCACUUCACGUUCAGAACUGGACCAAAAUGGCUAUUUCAGCCCAUCAGAUGGCCUUCACUAGCCAUUACCUCGGACUUAAACACCAGAGCAUCGCAAACAUACACGUGAAACACGCAGAGCAGAGGACUCACAGCUUAUGAAAACCAUCACACACACACACACACACACACACACACACACACACACACACACACACACA